UAAUUUAAAAAAUGUACUUGCGCAAUAUUUAUCGACUUGACCUCGGUCGUCACGGAUAGGAUCACUGUACCCACUCCUAAGCAAGUAGUAUCGUCAGUAUUUUUACUUUACAACUCUUAACUCGCCAACACUUGACUUUUAAAAAGAUGAUACGUACAAGCAAUCUCCCAAGCUACAUUCACAAUCCUGGAAGUAGCCCACUGAAAUAUAUGACAAUUGGGAGCCUGGUAGAGGAAGCUGCAAAAACAUAUGACCAAGUCACUGCCCUCGUGUCUGGAUUUGACAGGAGAAGGUUAACGUACGCUGAAGUUUUGAGGCAAUCUGACAAAUUAGCCGCAGGAUUGCUCUCUUUGGGUUUGAAGAAAGGGGAUCGAAUCGGAUUAUGGGCGCCCAACAUUGCCGAAUGGGCUAUUGCGUUUUUUGCUUCCGCUCGUGCAGGGUUUAUAACGGUGGCAUUGAACCCGACCUAUCAAGCCGAUGAGUUGAGGUAUUGUUUAAACAAAUGUGGCGUAAAAGCGCUGAUUUGUAUGGACGAAUACAAAUCGUUAAACUUUUACGAUAUACUAUGCCGUUUAUUGCCAGAAUUAAAAACAUGCGACGCCAAAAGCUUCAGCUCCGACAUCGUUCCCACGCUAAAGACUGUUAUUAGCAUUUCCCAUACAAUGCUCAGUGGCGCUUAUAACUACUAUCAAGUUGUGGAGAUGGCAAAUUUGGCGGAUGUUACAAAGAUUGGGGAGGAUCAAAGGAGUAUUUCCCCAGACGAUAUCUGCAAUAUCCAAUAUUCUUCGGGGACAACUGGGAAACCGAAAGGAAUUUGUUUAAAUCAUUUGCAGAUGGUGAAUAACGGCUACUACAUUGGGAAAACUUUAGAAUUGAACACCGAAAAUCACAGAUUGUGCGUACAAGUACCCCUUUUUCAUGUUUUUGGAAUGGUGGUCUGUAUUAUGCCUUCGUUUCAUUUUGGUGGGACUUUAGUGUUACCUUCUCCAAUGUACAGUCCGACGUCUAACCUAAUGGCAAUUGAGCAGGAAAGGUGCAAUGUGAUCUUUGGAACGCCCACAAUGUAUCACGAUUUAAUAAACUUACAAAGCGAAUGUAACAGAACCAUAAACCUGUCCAAAGCAUUGAUCGGUGCAGCGGCUUGGUCCCCAAAGUUAUUGUACAACAUGAAAGAAGUACUGAAAAUAAAACAUAUUGUGGCAGCUUAUGGGGCAACCGAAACCACAGCAAUAGUCUUUCUCUCCAUGAUGGACUGUGAUAAACUCGAAACGAAAACGGUGGGUAAAAUUGGAGAAUGCAUCGAGGCCAAAGUGGUCGACACCAACGGACAGACGCUACCCUUCGGUGCACCCGGCGAACUGUGCAUCAGAGGAUACGUGACCAUGGCGGAUUAUUGGGGAGAACCUGAUAAGACGAAGGAAGUUAUGGACAGUCAACGUUGGUUAAAGACCGGAGAUCGAUUUAUAUUGCACGAAGAUGGGUCCGGCGAGGUCGUUGGUAGGUUAAAAGAUGUCGUCAUUAGAGGUGGCGAGAACAUAUUUCCACGAGAAGUCGAGGAUUUUAUCAGUAAUCAUCCCCACAUUAACGAAGUUCAUGUCAUCGGUGUCGAUAACGAACGUCUUGGUGAAGAACUGUGUGCCUGCGUUCAGUUGAGGAGGGGAUCUGAUUUAGACCUGGACGAGUUGACUGAAUUUUGCAAGGGAAGAAUUGCGAACUACAAAAUUCCCAGUCAACUUCGGAUCGUAGAGAGCUUUCCCAAAACCGCGUCCGGAAAAAUUCAAAAAUACGUGCUGCGACAACAAUUCAAUUGUGUUCAGCUUUGACUGAUGAUACAGUAAAACCUGUAGGUAUGUUCCGAAAGCCAGCAGAGUGUGCUGUGUAUAUAAGUAUUAACUAAUGUUAUCAUUUGCUUUCUCUGUAUAUUUGUUUAAAUCUAAAAUUAAGCAUUUAUAUCACAAAGGUCAAGGGAAGAUUGGGGAAAUAAAGAGGGGUCAAAAUAUA